AACUGUUGUGACGUGUUUUCCAUUUUCAAACCCCCAUGCUUUUUUGUGUGGCUUUGGCUCGUUAUCUAAUGUUUGAAAGUUAACUUAAUCUGUAAAAAAAUUAAAUACAUAAAAUGGGAGGAAAGAAUAAACAGCGAACGAAAGGAAACGUCCGGCCGUCCAGCAGCGGGCGGGCUGCCGAGUUGCUGGCCCGGGAGAGUGGUGUCGUUCCCGGGUUCGUGGGGUUCGGCACCACUACGACCACAGAGCCGGGCUAUGUGCCUGCUGUCCAUGGGGCAGAGGAGAUUGACAACCUGGUUGAUGCUGACUUCCGCCUGGUGUUGAGGAAACUAUCUAAGAGAGACACAGUCACCAAACUGAAGGCAGUGCAGGAGUUUGGGGCAAUGUGUCAGGAGCGGGACUCGGAGGUCGUUAAAGGAGUUCUGCCUUACUGGCCCAGGAUCUACUGCAAGAUUUCAAUGGACCACGACCGACGUGUGAGAGAGGCCACCCAGCAGGCGUUUGUACAGCUGGUCCUGAAGGUGCGGCGUAGUCUCGCUCCCUACCUGAAGAGCGUGAUGGGCCACUGGUUGCUGUCUCAGUGUGACAGCUAUCCUCCCGCUGCCUCUGCUGCCUGCCAGGCCUUCAGCGCUGCCUUCCCCCCCAGCAAACAGGCUGAGGCUCUUAGCUUCUGCAAGGACGAGGUUCUCACUGUACUUCAAGACAACUUGCUGAAGGAGACGGCAGACACCCUAAGUGACCCACAGAGUGUUCCAGAGGAGGAGAGGGAGGCGAAGUUCCUCCGCCUGCUUACCAGCUCUCUACUUGGGGUGAAGAGACUGCUGUCCUCCUUACCCCAGACAGACACACACAACCUGCAGGACAGACUGACACACCUCCUCAACCAGGCCAAAUUCUGGAAGUACAGCAGACACAAGACGCCACAGGUGCGUGGUGCUUUCUUCGAGGUGGUGUCUUCCCUGUGUGAACACACACCAGGUCUGGUGCAGACUGAGGCUGCCAGAGUCUGUCCUGCUGUUCUACUGUCUAUAGACGACACGGACCCUGUGGUGCUGCCUCCUCUCUGGGAAGCUGUGCUCCACACGCUCUCCACCUUAACAGACUGUUGGAGUCAUGUCAACGCCAGGAAGGCUGUUCUGCCUAAACUGUGGUCCCUGUUAAAGGAUGGGGGUAAAGGUUUAGCCACAGCCCUCCACCCUAACCUGCUACCCCUCAUCAGUAAACUACCCUCUGAGGUCACUACACCUAACCUAGACUUCUACACGACCUUCUGCAGCUGUCUCAUACAAGGCUUGUCCAGUGAGCGUGCUGUGUCCAGUCCGUCAGAGAGUGCUGCUAUAGUGGUGUCGGCAGUAGAGUGUUUGAGAUACACUCUGUUACAGAACACUGGGGAGGAGGAGGAACACACACGGAUACGCACCAUGCUGCUGGAACAACAGCUCCUCCCCCUCAUCGACAGUGCCCUGGGAAGCCCCUCCCUCCAAGCCGGGCCCCUUUUCCCAUUGGUUACGGACAUGCUCGUCUCCUGGGAGAAGAGGGCUGGACUUCAGGAUGUGGGUGUGCUUAGCGAGGGAGAGAACGAGGUUGUCUUUGAUAGGCUGCUGGCAGACUUCUGGGAGGGGCUUAGGGUGAUGUUCGCCCGUCGUGUACAGAGUGACAGUCUGGAGCAGAAAGACCUAGAAGGAAUGUCCUCGCUGUUACAGGUGAUGCAGAGCCCAGUGAGUGCAGGCAGGAUGCAGACCAAGAAGAAGAGAUCGGUGAAGAUCCGUUUCUCUGAGCCAGAGAGUUCUGGUUCUCCAGAGGAAGAGGGGGAGGUGGCGCUGAAGUAUGCCCAGCUGGAGGCCCCUGAGCUGGGCCAGGAGACGGCCGAGGGCCCCCUGAAGAGCUGGCACCUGGAGGAGAUUGUCUGUCAGCAGGCACAGAUCAGUUACUCCCGUGUGAAUGAUAAGAACUCAGAGAGACACCUGGUGUACCUGUCUCUACUUCUUCGCUCCUUCCAUACCCCCAGGGUCUUCACCAUGCUGCUCAUCACAUCAGAAGAGGAGAAAUUAAAAGGGAAGGAUGAGCAGAAGGCAGAAGGAGAAGGGGGACGUGGGGUGCCCCCUCCCGGUAACCCUGCUGUACGGUUUCUAUUGGAGCAUGUGGUGCUGUGGCUGGGGCAGGAGGACAGGAGAGACACCAGUUACCUGGUAGAGAUGGUGUUCAGUUCUCUACGCUGUUGCAGUCCACAGGAGACCACACGCAUCCUCAACCAUAUCACCACGAUGGAUCUAAAAUGGGGAGUUCUUCUCCAGAUCAUACAAAAGGCGUGUGCGGACCCUGUAUCUCUGCAGGCGUGUGGUGAUUGGUUUAAGGGCUCCGUGCUGGGUGAGCGGCUGCUGGGGUUGGCUGAGGAGCUGUGUGAGGCGGGACUAAAAGGCUCCGGCUCCGCCCCUAAUAGGGACAGCUGGGCUCUGAUCAGCCUAGCACUGUCUCAGCAUCAUAAUAAUGAGCCCCUGAUAGGAGCUGUGUACGUGGAGAAGAUGAUAGCCAAGCUCCAUGCUACCCUGUCGGCGGCUAAAGGUCUGUCUGAGAGGGGUAAUCUGGAGCCGCUGGUGUGUCUCAUCUGUGAUGUGGCCUCCACGUUCUUCACCUCCGUAACACACUGCCUCCUCCUGGCCUCCGCUGAGGAGCUACUGCUCACGGUCUUCACACUCACCGCACAGGACCAGACACACACACACCUGUCAGACUCCCUGCUGAAGAAGCUGAGUCAGGCGUGUCAUGCCGGUGUCAUCUCAUUGGUCCAUCACUCGGGGUCAGAGGUGAAGGAGGGCAGCUUCCUAUACAGCGCUGCAUUCUGGGUCAAAACCCAGCUGCUCACCUCCUCCCUGGGAGUCAAAAGUCUGCAGGUAUUGGUUCUAGCAGUCCAGGGGCUAGCUGACUCACUGAGAUCUGUUGGUCAGCGAGGCUCCGCCCUCCUCUCCCAGUUCCUCUCCUUCCUGACUCCCAGCCAAUCAGAGUGGAGCAAGAUCAGACGGGCCCUGCCCCCUCAGUGGGUGAGGUCUCCCCUGCUGUCUGGACGUCUGAGGAUGGUCUGUGACUACCCCUGUAUGGAGGUCUGGAAGGUCAGAGGCUCAAGCAGACUGCCUGCCCACCUGUGUGUGUGUGCCCUGCUGACCAGAGUGGUCUAUAACACAGAUAUGACUGUUCCUGCUCGUGCUGCUAUUGCUACGGCUGCAGUGUGUCCAGACGACCAGGAGGGGGCAGGAGACUACAUGAAAGACUUCAAACACACAGUUUGUGAGCUACUGUAUGCGGUGCAGUGGUGCAGGGAGAUGGACUAUAGCCCUGCUCUAGUAACAGAGUACUACACUAUGUUGAAGGACUGGGACCUAACAGACCGUAUAGACAAUCAAGGACCAGCCACUGAUAUACUGGACACACUCUACAGCAGAUCACUAGAGGAGGGGGGACUGUGGUCUCUGACUCUACAGAACUACAUACACACCAACCACGUGGCUGAAACGGCUGGCACCAUCAACACACUCUGUGGCAGCCCUGACAGUCUGUUCCCCCUGUCAGAGAGCAGGCUCAGUACUCUACAGGUGCUGUGUCCCUAUCUGACCACAGAGGAGAGAGAACGUCUCAUUUCCCUGGCUACCGCUGGCAUACUCAACUGGCAAGAGGACCACAGUGUUUGUGGGUGUGUGUCGGUACUGUUGUGCUGUCUCAAGGCCUCCACGCCAGUGCAGGAGGAGCUGCUAAUAGCUGUACUGGCCACCAUGAUGGAAUGGAGAAACAGCAAAGAAGACUGGUUCCUAUUCAGCAGUGACCUGUCCAAGACGACCGCGUCCCAGCUGUCUCUCAGCGUGGAGAUGAUGCGUUUCCUGUCCCGGUUGGUGACUCAUUUUCCCACAAUCCUCGGGGGCAGCCAGUGGGACUUCCUGCUCUGCUCCAUGCUGGCCUGGCUAGAGACGACUAGCGAUAACGUGGGGUGUCUGUGGAACCCCUGGGUGCAGUUGUUGGUGUGUGAGACCUGUGAGCUGAUCGUGCAGCUGACCCAGUUCUUCACAGCGCCCCCGCCUGGUGUGGAUGACCUACUGCCCUCAGAGCUGACCGCAGAGUGGAACGACUUCUUCAUAGAGGGGAUAUACAGCCUGAUGCUGCCCCUGCCUGGCAAGAUCACUGAGGCCUUCAAGGAGCCAGACGAUCCACUGUUCCCAUUGGCUGUCCUGCGGUCUGUGGGCAUGGCUCUGACCUACGUCCCGCUGCAGCAGCUUACCCAUAAUUCCUUGCCAGCGCGGUUCGUGGCAGACCAGAAGACAAGCCUACCUGAGGCACUGCAGACCCUACUCAACACACUAACUCCUUUGCUGCUGUUCAAAGCCAGACCGCUGCAACUCACUGUCUACCACAUUCUAGACAAGGUAAUGCCUACUCUCCCAGAGUGUGAUGGAGAGGGAGACGACACCAAGCCAGAGGACGAUGGAGAGGAACCGUGUCUGUCUCCCCCGGCAGCUCUGAUGACCCUCCUGUCUACGUGUGAGGAGUUGUGUGAGAGCAUCAUGGCUGGAGUGUGUGUCGGGGAGUUUGCAGUGGUUCAACCUCUCUCUGUGGAAUACUCCUGUAUCCUGGCCUACCUGCUGGCCUGGAAACUGCUGCUGGCCUUCUUCAAGGCUUCUCCCUCCCACCUGCGUGUCCAGUACUCUCUCUAUCUAAAGAAGUCCCUUCACAAGCUCCUCCUCCACCUGUUCAGACUGAUGCCUGAAAACCCCGCCUACAUCGGUCAGGGGGCGGAGCCUGUCUCCAAGGAGACCAAGACAUUCUUCACAGAGAGCCUCUCUCUGGACGUCAACAAGUCGUCCGGUAUCCAAUAUGAGCUCUCCCAUCUGGCGUGUUGUGUGUACUACAGUGCGGUACAGGACCUGCCUGCCAUGGUUAGGUUGUGGUGGACCAGUCAGGAGAAGAGAGUUAGCCACACGGUGGAUAAGUUCACAGGACGAUACGUCUCGCCUGUCCUCUCUGCUCAGGAGAUCUCCUCUGUACACGCCAGCACACAGACCUUCGACAGCAUGACUGUGAAGGCUCGUUCGGCAGCGCGGGAGGUGAUCGCCACCUACUCAGUGGAUGAUAUCUUCAUAGAGCUGGUGAUCCAGCUACCACAGAACUAUCCUCUAGGCUCGAUCACAGUAGAGAGCGGCAGGAGGGUGGGGGUCGCUGUACAACAAUGGAGGAACUGGAUGUUACAGCUCAGUACAUACCUCACACACCAGAACGGCAGUAUAAUGGAGGGCCUGGCUCUGUGGAAGACCAACGUGGAUAAGAGGUUCGAGGGAGUAGAGGAUUGUAUGAUCUGUUUCUCUGUUAUCCAUGGAUCCAACUACUCUCUGCCCAAGAAGGCCUGCCGCACCUGCAAGAAAAAGUUCCACUCUGCCUGUCUGUACAAGUGGUUUACCUCUAGCAACAAGUCCACCUGCCCUCUGUGUAGAGAGACCUUCUUCUAGCAACAAGUCCACCUGCCAUCUGUAUAGACCUUCUGUUAGCAACAAGUCCACCUUCCAUCUGUAUAAACCUUCUUCUAGCAACAAGUCUACCUGCCAUCUGUGUAGAGACCUUCUCCUAGCAACAAGUCCACCUGCCCUCUGUGUAGAGACCUUCUCCUAGCAACAAGUCCACCUGCCCUCUGUGUAGAGACCUUCUCCUAGCAACAAGUCCACCUGCCCUCUGUGUAGAGACCUUCUCCUAGCAACAAGUCCACCUGCCCUCUGUGUAGAGACCUUCUCCUAGCAACAAGUCCACCUGCCCUCUGUGUAGAGACCUUCUCCUAGCAACAAGUCCACCUGCCCUCUGUGUAGAGAGACUUAAUUGAAACUAUGUUACCAUGGAUACACAUAGUCACUGUUCCGUUGCUAUGGAUGCACAGAGACAGUUUGGUUGUAUAUUUGUUCGUAUCUCUCACCACAACCUUCUUAUAGUUCAGUGCUUCCCAAUAGUUUUAUCCUCUGGGACCCAAAUUGAUCCAGGUUUUCUGUCUCGAUCCAAUAUACACAUUGUGAUUUUCUUGUUGUUGUUGCCAAAAUGCAAUUUGGAAAACAAUUUUUAAAUACUAUUUUGACAGUAAAUGUAGCAAUUAUAUUUAGAUUCCCCCUUUUGUCAGUAAUUCCAUAUCGCUCACGAUCUUGACGAAGAAUAUUAUAUUAUAUUAUUAUUAUAAUAUACAAACUCACACACACAUCUGCUAAACCACACUGCUAAUAGCUUUAUAUUGGUAAAUACUGAGAUUGAAGAAAAAAUGUAUUUUCAGAGGAUUAAAAUGAUUUAAAUGUAACGAUAAUCUUUUUACAUACCUUCUACCUGGUAUUAGUUGUUUCAUUUCAGACGAGUAUCUCAACAACAACAACAACAACCCCCCCAAAAAAAUGUAAAAAAUAAAUAAAUAUUUUCACUCAGAAACCCGCGACCCCAUUCAAAACCUUUGGGUUACGACCCACCAGUUGGCAACCACCGCUAACAGAAGCUCUUUUGACAGCGGUUGUAACUCGAGCUAAGAGUUGAAUAGUAAAGAUAUGUUUUUUAGACGUAAUAAGGUUUUAUGUCCAGUAGCCAAUGAGUUCCAAGGAGCCAGGAAUUGGUUCAGCUCUGACGGUGACAGGACAGACGGAGGACAGACGGAGGACUGGAAGACAGACGGAGGACUGGAGGACAGACGGAGGACUGGAGGACAGACGGGGGACUGGAGGACAGACGGGGGACUGGAGGACAGACGGGGGACUGGAGGACAGACGGGGGGACUGGAGGACAGACGGGGGACUGGAGGACAGACGGAGGACUGGAGGACAGACGGAGGACUGGAGGACAGACUGAGGACUGGACUAGACUGAGGACUGUUUCCCCGACUAGACUACUGACGCAUGCCAGAUCCUCACAACGUCAGGAUACAGUGCCUUGCGAAAGUAUUCAGCCCCCUUGAACUUUGCGACCUUUUGCCACAUUUCAGGCUUCAAACAUAAAGAUAUAAAACUGUAUUUUUUUGUGAAGAAUCAACAACAAGUGGGACACAAUCAUGAAGUGGAACGACAUUUAUUGGAUAUUUCAAACUUUUUUAACAAAUCAAAAACUGAAAAAUUGGGCGUGCAAAAUUAUUCAGCCCCCUUAAGUUAAUACUUUGUAGCGCCACCUUUUGCUGCGAUUACAGCUGUAAGUCGCUUGGGGUAUGUCUCUAUCAGUUUUGCACAUCGAGAGACUGACAUUUUUUCCCAUUCCUCCUUGCAAAACAGCUCGAGCUCAGUGAGGUUGGAUGGAGAGCAUUUGUGAACAGCAGUUUACAGUUCUUUCCACAGAUUCUCGAUUGGAUUCAGGUCUGGACUUUGACUUGGCCAUUCUAACACCUGGAUAUGUUUAUUUUUGAACCAUUCCAUUGUAGAUUUUGCUUUAUGUUUUGGAUCAUUUUCUUGUUGGAAGACAAAUCUCCGUCCCAGUCUCAGGUCUUUUGCAGACUCCAUCAGGUUUUCUUCCAGAAUGGUCCUGUAUUUGGCUCCAUCCAUCUUCCCAUCAAUUUUAACCAUCUUCCCUGUCCCUGCUGAAGAAAAGCAGGCCCAAACCAUGAUGCUGCCACCACCAUGUUUGACAGUGGGGAUGGUGUGUUCAGGGUGAUGAGCUGUGUUGCUUUUACGCCAAACAUAACGUUUUGCAUUGUUGCCAAAAAGUUCAAUUUUGGUUUCAUCUGACCAGAGCACCUUCUUCCACAUGUUUGGUGUGUCUCCCAGGUGGCUUGUGGCAAACUUUAAACGACACUUUUUAUGGAUAUCUUUAAGAAAUGGCUUUCUUCUUGCCACUCUUCCAUAAAGGCCAGAUUUGUGCAAUAUACGACUGAUCCCACCUCAGCUGUAGAUCUCUGCAGUUCAUCCAGAGUGAUCAUGGGCCUCUUGGCUGCAUCUUUGAUCAGUCUUCUCCUUGUAUGAGCUGAAAGUUUAGAGGGACAGCCAGGUCUUGGUAGAUUUGCAGUGGUCUGAUACUCCUUCCAUUUCAAUAUUAUCGCUUGCACAGUGCUCCUUGGGAUGUUUAAAGCUUGGGAAAUAUUUUUGUAUCCAAAUCCGGCUUUAAACUUCUUCACAACAGUAUCUCGGACCUGCCUGGUGUGUUCCUUGUUCUUCAUGAUGCUCUCUGCGCUUUUAACGGACCUCUGAGACUAUCACAGUACAGGUGCAUUUAUACAGAGACUUGAUUACACACAGGUGGAUUGUAUUUAUCAUCAUUAGUCAUUUAGGUCAACAUUGGAUCAUUCAGAGAUCCUCACUGAACUUCUGGAGAGAGUUUGCUGCACUGAAAGUAAAGAGGCUGAAUAAUUUUGCACGCCCAAUGUUUCAGUUUUUGAUUUGUUAAAAAAGUUUGAAAUAUCCAAUAAAUGUCGUUCCACUUCA